AUGCCUAAAUAUGCCAAGUUUCUGAAAGAUCUUUUGAAACGAAAGGAUAGACUGGGGGAGCUUUCAAACAUUGCUCUUAUUGCUCUUAUUGCGGGAUGUUCUGCGGUGGUUCUCAAUAACCUACCAGAGAAACUGAUAGAUACGGGAAUUUUCACAAUCCCGUGUAUGUUUAGUAGUGGCACUUUGAGCCAUGCGUUGGCCGAUCUAGAUGCUAGCAUCAACUUGAUGCCAUACUCUCUCUACGAGAAGCUAGACCUAGGCGAUCUUACUCCAACGCGCAUGACGUUAUCACUUACAGGCUUAUCGGUCAAAUUCAAUGUUUAUUGA